AUAUUCAGUAUUAUGCAAGUGGCUUGGUUCAUAGAAGUGGUGCUGUUGCUAAACUUUGUGAAGAAAUUAUCUGGGCAGCUUAUCAACUACGAUUUUUCUUCAUUGCAAAAUACAAUCCCACAGCAUUUUGAAAGUGUUAUAGAAGCCUAUCUUUGUGAAGAUGUAGUUUUUCCAACAAAAACAGACAAAUCAUAUCAUAGCAAGAAUGGAGACACAACUGGUAGCGCACAAUGGCUAGCGUGUCUGGAUGCAAUUCCGACAAACAACUGCAGCUGCAUUUAUACCAAUACGAACUACGAGAUUGAACAUCGCCCUAUCGAUCCAGAAAUUACACUGAAAAUCCCGGGACUGUACGCCAAGAUACAAUGCUACGAAAGCUCUAACCACACUACUACGAUCGUCCCAUGUCCUGUUAUCAGCUAUUUCGGAAUGGAGCACAUAAAAGCAUUCUGGGUACAAAAUUAUGGGCAAAAUCUCGAACUUCUCAAAUUUCAGGAUAAUCUCAAUCGUAUGCCUUUUAGUUUACCAAGCCCGACAGUAACCGAUGUUUCCUAUGCCCGAUGGUUGGUUCUGCGAAGUCAUACAAGGAUUUUACGAUCAGUACUUUCCAGUUUUCAAGCGGUAAUCAAACUGGACCUUGGAGACAACCAAAUGUCUGAGUUGGAACCUCGCUUGUUUGCAAACCACAGUUGGCUUCGCUACCUGAAAUUGGAUCGCAACCAACUUCGUAACAUCACCCCGGACACCUUCCAUGGCGCUGAAAAUCUCCAGGAAGUAGAUCUUUCAUCCAACGUGUUUGCAUCGUUAGGUUCCGAUGUGUUUUCUCUACUGAAGAAGCUCAAAAUGCUGAAUCUUAGUUUCAAUCGACUCAGCGUCCUACCAGAAAAUCUUUUAUCCGAAAACAGGAAUCUUGAACAGUUCAUAUUAUCAAACAAUCAAGUUUCGCUACCAACUUUGCCGGAAAACCUACUGAACAAUCUUAUGGAGUUGAAGCGUGUUAUUCUUAGCUAUAACCAACUGAGCUCGAUACCGGAACAAUUUCUACGGGAUCAGUUGCGUUUGCAAGAUUUGAAUCUCGCACACAACAAACUGGAGAUGCUUCCCGAUGGAUUGUUUGAAAAUACAAGCGAAUUACGUACUCUACAACUGUCUCACAACCACCUGCAGAAUUUGUCAGCGAAUAUUUUUGUAUCGUUAGACAAACUAACCGUGCUCUGCGUCGAUAACAACUAUCUUCAUGUUAUCGAUCUACUCAUGUUUAGCCGAACCACCGCCUUGGAAGAAUUGUACAUGCAAAACAAUCAGUUUUCCUUUGAAGAGUGCUUGACUACGGAUGCCACCCCGUUCCGGUAUCUCAGUUCCCUUCGCAUCCUCAACUUACAAAACAACAAUAUCACAACCAUUUUCCACGACUGGAACAACAAAACCAUCGCGUUAAGGAAGCUUGACCUCAGCUACAAUCACAUCUCCGCACUAAACUACCGGAAUCUACUGUUUUCCUCUCCGGAGAUCACCGUCAAUAUUUCCAACAAUCGAAUUACGAAGAUCUCUGUCGAUGGAAUGGAUCGCGGCGACCCUUUGGACGGUGCCAGAAUCAAGGUGGAUGUUACGGACAAUCCACUGAACUGUGACUGCGAGAUUCUAUCGCUUGUCCAAUUCCUACAAACAAGUGAACCCCAUCCAAUACAGUUCGCAACCGAGCGUCUACGUUGUUGGGAACCGGAAGAACAUUCCGGAGUGAAACUAAUGUCGAUACGCUCGGAAAAGCUUCUUUGUCAACUCGACGAACCGGACUCGGGAAUCCACAGAUGCCCCGAGAACUGUAGUUGCUUCAUUCGUCCGGUGGAUCGUGGAAUCAUUGUCAACUGUACUCAGCGAGGACUUGUGGAGGUACCAUCGCUGCCCGUACCAACCAAGCUCGGGUUCAGUUUCCUUGUGUUACACAUCGAACACAACGAGAUCACCGGGUUACCGUCCGACGAUCUUCCCGGAUAUGCCGAUGUGGCCGAGCUAUACGUUCAAAAUAAUAGCCUUUUGGAAUUGUACCCGGAAAAUGUUCCGAUCAAGUUGCGUGUGCUGGAUCUAAGUAAUAACAAACUUACGACGAUGACCCAAUCAGUUCUGGAGAAGAUCAACCGUACUUCAAAUAUGCAGCUAUCUGGGAAUCCUUGGCGAUGCGAUUGUGAUGCAUCACUAUUUUUCAACUUUAUUCAACAAAAUGCAAGCAGACUGGGAAAUUUAGAAAAAAUAAUGUGUGAUGACGGUCGGAAGAUAUCCUCGAUCAUGGGGAGUACUCUAUGCCAUACAUCUAUGAUAUCCUAUAUCAUCAUUUCUUCAUUCAUUGCGACCGUGUUGAUUCUGAUGGCCAUGAUUGUAUGGUUCAAGUAUCAACUGGAGAUUCAAGUGUGGUUGUUCACGCAUAACCUAUGUUUAUGUAUUGUCUCGGAGAAGGAACUGGACAGGGACAAACUGUACGAUGCGUUUAUUUCAUACUCUCACAAAGACGAACAAUUCGUUACGGAUCACUUGGUGCCAACGUUGGAAAAAGAACCGAUGAGCUUUAAGAUUUGUUGGCAUGUCCGCGAUUGGAUGCCGGGAGAAAUGAUCCCAACACAGAUUGCGAAUUCUGUGGACGACUCGCGGCGAACAAUCAUCGUACUAUCGACCAACUAUGUGGACUCGAACUGGGGCCGGCUGGAAUUUCAAACCGCACAUCAAAACUCAAUGGCCGAGAAGCGACUGCGAGUGAUUGUGAUUAUCUACGAUGACAUCGGAGAUAUCGAACAGCUGGAUCCGGAACUGAAGGCCUACUUGAAAAUGAAUUCCUACGUCAAAUGGGGCGAUCCGUGGUUUUGGGACAAACUUCGAUAUUCUAUGCCGCAUCCGCCGACGGUCAAAGGGUUCAAGAGCAACGAAAAAAAAUCGCCGGUCCCGCUUGCCGAGUUUUGAUCCUACCUGCAAUGUGUUUUGUUUCCUUUAUCGGUUAUAGUUAACGCUCCUACCCGUACUGUAUUUUACAGUGUUGUGCUGCAUUUUCGACUCAAAUACUGCGUAAUGUUUUUUUUUCUCUCAAAUGUACUGUAUUUCAGUGUGUGCUGUAUUUUUUCAUUGAAAUGUACUGUAUUUUUCACAUCAAACAUUAAAUCCAGAGUUUUAAAUGUUUACCGCAUUGAAUUUUGAUUUGCCACAAUACAAAAUAUCAGAAAAAACAGUAACAACACGUAUGUCAUUUUCGCUUGAUGCCAAACCUAACCCA